ACGUCCUUGGUGACGCAAAGGCGGGAGCGCGCUGUGCGUUCGCCGGUGUUUGUCUAGAAACAAACCAUAUAUAGGCAGCCUCGUUCUUUUGCAAUUUCUCCUGGACUUGGCGUAACGAGAUCAGCACCUCUGUGACAGCCAUGUCGUCAACAUCCCAGAAACACAAAGAUUUCGUGGCCGAGCCCAUGGGGGAGAAACCGGUCAUGGCUCUGGCAGGGAUCGGCGAAGUCCUCGGCAAAAGACUGGAGGAAAGGGGUUUUGAUAAGGCGUACGUGGUCCUCGGGCAGUUUCUAGUUCUGAAGAAAGACGAGGAGCUUUUCCGAGACUGGCUCAAAGACACGUGUGGCGCGAACUCCAAACAGCAAGGUGACUGCUACGGCUGUCUUAAAGAAUGGUGCGACGCCUUCCUAUAAACCUCCCCUGAUUCCAAUCCUACGUUUUCUACUUUUGAAGUCCAAAAUGUACAUUACCUCUGUUCAGCUGCAUCACACAAUAAGACACUGUAUACACUAAUUUGUGAAAGUGACGAUCUUAAACUCAAUUAUAGUAAUUGUUUGUUCACUGUCAAUAACCCUCUUUUAUGAAAGACCCAUUUUAAAACCUAAUUGUUGAAAUGUUAACGACUUCACCCGCAGGUUACAGUUAAGUCACCACUGAGCAUGUUAGCAUGUCUGUGWCACUGGGGCUAAAGUCUAAUGUAGCUAACGUAGUUCAAAUACAAACGUGUUGAUGAACUGAAACUGGACUGUUUCCAGAGAAGUUGCUCAAGUUAAAAAUUGAUAUACUCCUGUUCAAAGCUUAAAUCUGCUUUUAUUUUUUUCCAGUUUAUUAAAAGUACACAUUUUAAACUCA